CGUUUCCACUGACCGCUCCUAGCUGCGCUCCAUCCUUCCUCAGAGUGAACUAUCAACUCAGCUCCACUGGGACUCAGGCAUCAAACUGUUGAGCAGUCUGACUGUAGUGCACCGCUGUGAAGGAGGAUUACUGUCUUAUUCAGAUCCAUGUGUUUGGCUCGUUUCUUACAUUGUUCCAGUCAGAAAUUAUAAAACAUUGUCAGUGUGCGUCAAGAGUUGAUAAACGAAUAGAUUUGAUUACUUUCUGGAGAACUUGUAUUGCUUGUUCAUGCGGAAACAAUCCCUAUCUAUUGUCGGGCGAUGGCAAAGGCAUUCUCCGUCAUGACUUUACCUCUCCUUGGCUUUCUUCUGGGAGUCAGCGGUGUUGAAGCCGUUGAAUUCAGGUUUGUGCCUGACCCCCCAACACUGACUAUCCAGGACAAAGUCAUCAGUAUCAACGCAUCGGACAGCCUGGAGAUCUCCUGCAGUGGCCGUCAGUACCUGGAAUGGACAACCUCUUACAAUCGCAGUCGCGCCGGACACCGUGUCUCCACGGUAGAUUGCAGUGGCUCGGGUUUCUUCUGCACCAAGAUACAGAUUUCCUCCGCCACCGUCAAUGAGACUGGAGAGUAUCGGUGCUCCUACAAAGAUCUGGCUGUGGAGGACCACAAAACCUCUGUGGCCAUUUAUGUUCAUGUCCAAGAUUAUAAAGUGCCGUUUGUUCCCUCCGACAAGGACUACGAGGUUGUGUUCAUCAGUGAGGGAGUGCAGGUGGUCAUCCCAUGCCUGGGCUCUGUGAAAGACCUCAAUGUGACGCUACACACCAAGUUUCCCAAGAAAGAACUUUAUCCAAAUGGGAAGGACAUUUUUUGGGACAGCAUAAAGGGUUUCUCUGUGCCAAGUCACUUGAUCAGCUAUGCUGGAGUGGUCUUCUGUCAGACUCAAAUUCACAAUGAGACCUACAAAUCACCUAUCUACAUUGUUGCUGUUGUUGGAUAUAAGAUCUAUGACCUCACUCUGACCCCGGCACAUGAGAGGCUGUCUGUUGGGGAGAAACUGGUGCUCAACUGCACUGCCUACACAGAGCUCAAUGUGGCCAUCGAUUUCACCUGGACGUACCCAGUCAGCCUGACCCCGCUGAUUGGGUCUGUGCGGGCCUACAACACAUCGUACAAGAAGAAGCUGUGGAACUCUCUGGAACUGUCCAACGCACUCAUAAUAGAGAAUGUGACUGUUGACUACACGGGAGAGUACACCUGCAAAGCCUCGAGUGGACAGAUGAUGAAAACUGCAUCUGCCUCUCUUGUGGUCUUUGAAAAGCCUUUCAUCGAUUUCGAUGACAGCAAGUGGGUCAAGGUUCUAGGGGUGAAUGUUAGUAGCGAGACCAUUAAAAUCCCGGUCAAGUUCGAUGCCUACCCAGAGCCGACUGUCAAAUGGUACAGAAACGGCCAGCCUAUCCGUAAGGAUGAAUACAGAUUUAAACCGGCCAGAGACUCCCUCACAAUCCUUGACAUAGCAGAGAAGGACGCUGGGAAUUACACCGUGGUCCUGACCAAUAAGAUAACCAAAGAAGAGCAGAGACACUCUGUCCAGCUCUUGGUCAAUGUGCGUCCCCACAUCAUUGAGAAGGAGGUUGCCGUGGACACUGAUGUCCACAUGUACGGCAGCAGUCCCAUCCUGAGGUGCACUGCCCGGGGAAUCCCCACCCCCGCACGCAUCCAGUGGCAGUGGAUGUCCACCGACGACUGUGAAUUCAUCCCGCAGUCAGGUGUGGUGAACUCUGUGGCCAAGUUGGAGGACUGUUCAAGAUGGAGGGAUAUAAACAACACAACAGGGCAGAAUCCUAUUGCUGGGAUAGACACCAACACCGACCACUUACACAAAACUGUGAGUUCUCUGAAGAUCCGUAAAGCGGAGGUCCAUGCCCUGUACAGAUGCCUGACAUCUAACAAAGUGGGGCAAGAUUCCCGCAUCAUACUCUUCCAUGUGACCCGCGGUCUGGAGCUGAGUGUGUCUCCAUCUCCUCAGCCCAUUGAGCAGGAUCUGGUAGUUCUGAAGUGUAAAGCAGACAGGCUGAUCUAUGGGAACCUAGCCUGGUACCGUGUGGAGAAUGUGUCUGACCCAGAGCAUGUCCCAGCUGUGCAGCCCUGCCGGGCCCUAUCCCUGUCUCCGCAGCCCCUGUCCCCGCGGCCCCUGUCCCAGCCUGUCCCUUCCAGGCAGCAGGGCACCAACGUCACUCUGGAGCUCUCCUUGACCAACGUGUCGUGGGGGGAUGAGGGUGUUUACGCCUGCCAGGUGGAGAACAUCAAGACUGGGGAGAAGACCUGCCUCCUCCGACACCUUACCCUCAGAGCCCUCGAGCCUGCCAGGAUCCUGACCGAUUUAUUGGACCAGAGAGUGAACGUCAGCACCACGACCUCUCUAGAAUGUGAUGUUACCGGUACACCCACUCCGACUGUGGCGUGGACCAAAAACAACCAAACGCUGGUUGAGGGCUCAGGUGUGAUUCUGGGCCCGUUGAACCGGGUCCUGACCAUCCAGCGAGUAAAGAAGGAAGACAGCGGUCUGUAUACCUGCACUGCCUGCAACCGCGAGGGUUGUGUGGUGUCUCAGGCCUACCUUAUCACUGAAGGGGCAGAGGAAAAGACUAACGUAGAGCUGAUUGUUCCUAUCGGCUCUGUGGUCAUUGCUAUGUUCUUCUGGCUACUCAUUGUCUUCGUCAUCCGCAGCAGGAAAAGGCCUAAUAAUGGAGACAUGAAGACAGGAUACCUGUCAAUCAUCCUGGACUCGGAUGACAUGCCAAUGGAUGAGCACUGUGAGAGGCUCACGUACGACGCCAACAAGUGGGAGUUCCCUCGUGACAGGCUGAAGCUAGGUGACCAGUUGGGGCGAGGUGCUUUUGGUCAGGUAGUAGAGGCAGCAGCUUUUGGCAUAGAGAAGGCCACCACCUGUACCACGGUGGCAGUCAAAAUGCUGAAAGAGGGAGCCACCUCCAGUGAGUACCGUGCGCUGAUGUCAGAGCUGAAGAUCCUCAUCCACAUCGGCCACCAUCUGAAUGUGGUUAACCUGCUAGGGGCGUGCACUAAGCCUGGGAGUCCAUUGAUGGUGAUUGUGGAGUACUGUAAACACGGCAACCUCUCCAGCUACUUAAAGAGCAAGCGUGGAGAGUACAGCCCCUUCAAGAGGAGACGGCCGCAGUCUGGUCUGUGGGAGCGUGUUGAGGACGACGUCACUGAAGGAGACCUGGGUUUGGGGACCAGCACCCAGCUGGACAUCUGCACUGGAACAGCAGUCUGCUCCAGACAGGGAGAAGAGUGUUCUGUUAGCCACCUAGAGGAGGAGGAAGAGUGGGAGGAGCAUCUGACCAUGGAAGACCUGAUCAGCUACAGCUUCCAGGUGUCAAAGGGCAUGGAGUUCCUCUCCUCACGCAAGUGUAUCCAUCGGGACCUGGCGGCGAGGAACAUCCUGCUUUCUGAGAACAACGUUGUGAAGAUCUGUGACUUCGGCCUGGCCAGAGACGUCUACAAAGAUCCCGACUACGUCCGCAAGGGAGACGCACGACUCCCUCUGAAAUGGAUGGCCCCUGAGACCAUCUUCGACCGGGUCUAUACCACACAAAGCGACGUGUGGUCAUUUGGGGUUCUGCUCUGGGAGAUCUUCUCUUUAGGGGCAUCUCCCUACCCUGGUGUGAGCAUCGACGAGGCCUUCUGCAGGAGACUGAAGGAAGGGACCAGGAUGAGGGCACCAGAGUAUGCCACGACUGAGAUAUAUCAAACCAUGUUGGACUGCUGGCUGGACAAACCCACAGACAGACCAACCUUCACAGAGCUGGUGGAACAUCUUGGAAACCUCCUACAGGCCAGUGCUCAUCAGGAUGGGAAAGACUACAUCCCUCUUACAGUGACAGCAGUGGUUGGAGAGGGGGGCUCAUUGAUUCCUGAACCCAGGAACCCCUUCACCAAAGUCAUCAGAGAGGUCACCUGUGGUGAACCCCAGAUUCACCACGACAACACAAUCCCCAUCGCCCCUGGCAGGCUCUCUCAGCAGAAUGACCGGUGCAGUCGACCACUCAGUGUAAAGACUUUCAAUGACAUUUCUGUGGAGCAUCGGGCUGUCGUGGAGGGUCAGUUAGACAGUGGUAUGGGCUUAUCACCUGAGGAGAUGAAGAGUAUGGACCAUCAGCCUCACCGCACGCCGAACUUCAGCCACAUCCAGAGAUGUAAGAGUAAGGAGUCCCUUGCCUCCGAGUCGUCCAAUCAGACUAGUGGGUACCAGUCAGGCUACCAUUCAGAUGACACGGAUACACCCAUUUAUGCUAAUGAGGAGAUGAUCAUGAAGAGGGGCGUCCUGAAGAAGCCCCUGCCGCUCAAAACAGCGGACAAGUUCAAUGUUGAUGUGCGCUACAGCGCACCCCCGGUUUAGUCCCACAUGUAAUGGUCGCCACCAAUCCCUCUCCUUGAGCCGGUUCUUGUACAGUUUUCUAUUUUUCCUCUUUUGUUAGGCAGCGCACAGCAGCACUCUGGAUUACUGUCAGGAACGGUCACAUUAUAUGUAAUAGUGCCUUUUACAUUGAAUAGUUUUUUUCUGUCUAAGUAUUUUCUUAAGAGAUAAAUGUAAUAUAUUCAAUAGGAUUGAUGAAGGCUUAAUGAAAUAAUGCAUCAUUGCAAAAGACCACCGCUUUAGCGGGUCUUUGGAAUGCUAUCAUGUUUACACAGAAAAUGGAAGGUCAGGUGGGCCGAGCCAAAGGGACACACCCACUUCCUGAGAAGCAGUCUGCCCUCUUCCUCUAUUACAGGAAAUGGAAACUGGAAUUUGAGACAAUUGAAUGAGCAAAUGUUUUUUUUCUAGAUUUUUCUUAAUUGUGUGUUAUCGGACUAAGCCUUUUGACAACAGUGCUUCUGUUUUUUUUCAUCAAAUGAAAUUUUUUGUAUGAGACUUGUUGCUCUAGAUUGUUAUUGCCUCUCAAUUUUACAGUUUCGUAAAAUAAUUGUUUUCUAUGUUAUAGUAUCUUACUUUGUUGAAUCUUAUAUUUACUGUUCUUAACUUGUAAUAAAUGUAACUAGUUUUAUAAAACAAAAUAUUUGUGAGUGUACGCUGACCUCUCUUUUCCUGUCAAUGUCAAAUUUACCCUGAGCAGACAAUACUUUCUCAGCCUUGACUAUUCCCUCUUUGUAUGUUUUUGUGUGGUUGCGAUCUCUGUGGAAACAAUACGUGCUCAGACCUUGGGUAUUUUCAUAUAUAUAACCAGCCUAAAAUAGAUGCUUAGAAUAGCCCAGAUAUGGCUAGUGUGAACCUGGUUACACAAUGGGUGUUUUUAAGGCUGGGGGCACACUGCUAUCUUGAUGAACUGAGGUUUGGGGUAAAAGUGCUAUAACUUUGCUUAGAAUAGUCACAACUGUACAAUUUUACAUUUGUCCUUUAUUCAGAAAUUUCCAUAGUAACAUUUUAUUUGUAUUUCAGAGUUUUCUCUCUCAAAGUUUUUUUUUUUAGUAUGGGUUGUUUACUGGCCUCUGUUAUAGUUUGCUUUAUGUUGAACUCCCAUUGUGCCAGGAAGUAUAGCUGAACAUUGUCAGACCAGUAUUUAUGUUGCAUAUUUAAGGAUGAGAUCUAGAGCAUGUUAAACUCCUGUUAUUCUGCAUUUUCAAUACACAGCAGCCGGUUUAAAGCACUGAUGAACCUGCGUCUCUGCUCAGAGAGGACAGAGGCGCUUCAAUUGGAGUGUAAGUAUUUGUUCUUAAUCAAGGACAGAACACUGUUAAAUCACAGCAAACAGGAUGUUUGUAGCUGCAAGGGAGUAUUUCCCACUUCUACAACAAAAAUAGAAGAGUAAAUAUAGAACAACAACUCUUAUGCAUCCGUUAGUAGGAACUCUGAGCUGUUGUUCUGCAGGAUCUGGAAGUUCCAUCUUUUGAUGUUCAGGAAAUCGUAUGCAGUUUAGUUCCCCACUUCGACUAUAGAUUCCAGAUGCUAAAUCCAAAAUGAACCACUCCACUGCCCUCUGUAUGCACUUUCAGAUGCUUCUCUGUCAUAAUGUAGCUAAAUUCUUACUGGUUGGUAGGUGAUCAAAUACUUAUGUCAUGCAAUAAAAUGCUAAAUAAUCACUUAAA